GGUAUACCUACAUGAUUAAAUGAAUCCGUGACCCAGUUCUCCACAGGUACUCAUCUCCAUCUAAACAUCAUUCACAAACCCAUCCAUACAAAUAACCCUCUCAGAUCCCGCACUCUUCGCUGUCCCACGAAUUCCUCAGUUGAUCUGCCAUACCACCAUACAUACCUCCUUUGUCUUCCUUUCCACCUGCUUGACGGAACGGACUCUCUCACGUCCUACAUAUUUCGUUCCCAAAAAAUUCCCACUUAAAUUUCCCCCGCCAUCAGCUCUUCACCGCACUUUUUUGGCGGUAAAGAAGUAGCUUGCUUGCUUGCUCAGGGAAUCUACUUCUUAUUCUUUUCGCAAGCCAAAAAUUCCAUUCACUUCUUUUCCAAAUCUCUUUUACGAUACCACAUUCCGAAAAAAUACAAGAAGCUGGUCUUCUUUUUCUCUCUCAAAAAUUAUACCCAUAUCAUACGUUCAAAAAUGGCUCCUAUCACAGAAACCGUUACCAUUAUCAACAAAUCGGGGAAAGUAGUCAGCACUGGAAAACAACUCGUGAACAUCUUCAAAGAUGCGAAAGCCGCAUAUCAGGACAAGAAAGCACAAUUGAGAGAAGAGCAUUAUCUUCGAGAAGAAGCACGAUCAUAUCGAGCACAGAGACGUCUCGAAGAAGCUCGAUAUGAAAUUGAAGAGGCACGGGGUGGAGGGGGAGAUGAUGCACAAUCGAUAGCUUCGAGGAGAUCUCAUAGAUCUCAUCGUUCACAUCGUUCUCACUCUUCUCGUCAGGAACCAAAAGAUUCUUCUCGUCCCCCUCUUACCAUCAAUAACUAUGAGGAAUACCCAGAUACGCAAAGUUUGGCCAGUGGCCGCUCCCAUCGUUCUCAUCGUUCCCACACGAGAACUCGGCAGGAAUUCAAUUUCGAUGAUCUGGAUGAGGAGGAAGAUAUGCAGAGCCUAGCAAGCAAACGUUCGCAUCGAUCUCAUAGAUCGAAACGAAGUCGUUCGGUCCAUGGUGCUAAAGCUCCCACUCAAUACGAGCCUACAGAAACCCAUUACGAAGAUCCCGAAGAGGGAUUUUAUGAUGAUCCUCCUCUCGCCAUGUAUCGCCAGCCCUUUGCCGAAACGGAAUUGAGUCUCGCGAGGAGACAUACGGAGAAGGAAGCUGCUCCUCCAAUGCCAGGCCACCUCGUGAGGAGAGAAACAGCUCCUGCUACGUAUACCGGCGGAGAAUUAGUCCCACGUGCAACUUCCGUGCCAGAUCUUCAUGAUGACUCCAUCGACAUGAAUUUGGCAUAUGGAGAUGUCCAUCACUUUGAAUCCGACCCCGAACCAGAAUACGAAGAGCCAAUCGUCCCUCAACAACUCCCAGCAGAACUCGACGAAACAAUGAGCAAACUCGAUUCUCUCCUCAUCGAAGCCCAAUGUCUUCACCACACCGCCACAGCCAUCAUGUCAAAUCUCCAAGCAAAUCCCGAAGCCAUGGCCGCCGUAGCCCUCACCCUCGCCGAGCUUUCCUCGCUCCUCACCAAAAUGUCUCCCUCCAUCCUCCCCAUGCUCAAAGCCAGCUCCCCCGCCAUCUUCGCCCUCCUCGCAUCUCCCCAAUUUCUCAUCGCCGGAGGUGUAGCUCUCGGAGUCACAGUCGUCAUGUUCAACGGCUUCAAAAUCAUCAAGAAACUACAAGCCACUCCCGAACCAAAACUCGAAGCUCCCAUGGCCAUGCAAGCCCUCCCCGCCACCCCCAACUAUCCCGACACACCCGGAUUCAUGGAGCCCAAAGACAUGCACCAUGAAUACGAAGAAGCAAUGCCCUACGAAGCCUACGAGGAGGAACUAAGCAGCAUCGAUGUGUGGCGUCGUGGUAUCGCCGAUGCAGAAAUAGAAAGUGUAGGCACGAGUGUAGAUGGUGAAUACAUAACCCCGACGGCAGCACGACAGAAGGAAAGUCGACACGCGGAACGAAUCCGUCAGCGUGCCGCCGAGGAAAGAAUCGACGAGAGUGAAGAAGAAGAAGAAGAAGAAUCGAGAAGUAUCAUGAGUCGUUUGACGAGUAAAUCUCGUCGCUCCAAAACUCUUCCUAUUCGAGGUAGUCCUUCCCAGUACGAACCUUCCGUCAAGGCUAAAGAUGACGAUAUUGAAUCCACUCGUACUUCUCGCACGAGCAAGACGUCGAAAUCUACAAAGACUUCUAAGAGUCAUAGAUCGAGUCGCUCGAAGAAAGAUGAUGAUAAUGCAUCGCUUGCUUCUGAGAGAGUAGAACGCACGGAAAAAGAAGAAAAAGAACCCAAGGAGAAGAAAAAGAAGACACCAUUGAGUAUUUUCAGGAGCAAGACGGAGAAGAGUACGAGUUUCAAGGGAAAGGAAAAGGAAAGCAAGAAAAUGGGUCAUCAUCCACUUUUACUUGAGAUUUGAGCUGAGCUUAAGCUUGAGUAUUUCACGGCCGGAUUUCUGAUUUUAUCGUUGUGAGGUUUUCAAGAUAUUCUCUUACCAUGCGUAGCUCACCCAUCCCAUCUACCCAUCUACCUACCUCAAAUCCAAGCCCCAAUCAAGAAUCCUCACAAAUUGCACCUCGCUUUUUUCACUCCAUUCCUUUCUCUUCUUUGAGCGGGGUUUCAGUCAAUUGGUCAAUCGGUCAGUCAGUCAAUCGGUCGGCCGGUUAUUCAUUACAAUUCAGUAGCUUCUAAACGAGUACUUCGACUCUAUCUCAUCUCAUCUCAUCUCAUUCCCUCUCUUUCCUUUACCCGCUCAGGAACGUUUGGAUCGAGAGGAGUUUUUAUGGAUUAUGAAUUUAUGGAUUUAUGGGAUGCAUGGACGGAUGGUUAUCUUUCAAUAAGGAACAAUGAUGAAAAAAAAAGUAUAUCUGGAUAUUGAGAUGGAGAUGGAGAUGAAUAUAUAUAUAUAUACAUAUGAAUGACUAAAUAUAUCACGAAACCCAGAUUGGAAUGAUGAUGAUGAUGAUGAUGAUGAUGAUGAUGAAAAUAGGAAUGACGAUAUGUUACAUAACGAAUAGGAUGGGAUGGAAUGAGAUGAGAUGAGAUGGGAUUUAUAUCGAUGAAAAUAUACAUGAAGAUAUCUAAGCA